CCCGCCAACCCUGUCAUGGAGCUAAAAGUGUGCGGCCAGCCCCACCAGCCCCACCAGGCCGACCACCAGGGGGACCACCACGGGGACCACCACGGGGGCCACCAGGCAGGCCACGGGGGGGGUCACCAGGGCACCAGGGCCACCACACACCCCUGGGCAUGGCACACCCCGGGGCGGUGAACGGACACCUGAGUGACAACACACACAAGAAUGAGUCUGUGUACGACUUUGACCCUGAGGCCGAGGAGGAGCUGGGGCGCGGCCUGGGGGACUCCUGCGACGCCUCCCCUGAGAAGGGCAGCGUCCUCAGCGAGACCUCUGACAGCACGGUAAAGAACGAGCCGGAGCUGGAGGGCCUCGAGGACUCAGAGAUGGCAGACGAGGAGGAGUCAGUGGGGGAGAGUUACGAGGGCAGCGACUACCCAGGGGAGCCCGAUCAGGGGGUGCCCGUGCCCUUCGAGUGCGUGCCGCGGAGGGGGCGGGGGCGGCCUAGAGGGAGCAAGAACAGGGUGGACGGGCGUGGGAGAGGCCGGGGUUACAAUGGCAGGCUGACAGAUGACCGCUCCGCCUCCUCCUAUGACCUGAGGAACAUCCCUGACCCCUUCAACAGCCAGCGCAGGGGGCGGCCCAGGUCACGGUUCAUUGUGGACCUGGGUGAGCAGAACCAUGAGGUGUGGACCAAGUCUAAGGAAGAGCUUAAUAUAUCUGACGCAGAGCUCACCACCCUCCUGCUCAGCCUGCUAGAGUCCCGGCGUGAUUGUGGCAGCUCGGCAGACACAGACACCAUGCUGGGACUCAUCUCGGCGGAAUACUCAAAGUGGAAGGACAAGUUUACGUCUCAAGUCUCCAUGCUGAGCCACUACGCCUCCAUCCACAACACUAACUGCUGUACUUGUCUCGGCAUUAAGAAGAAGAAGUACAUUCCGGCUGGCACAGGGAAGAGAGGAAGACCUAGAAAGUACCCACCACCUGUUGGAUACGGGCCGGGGAUGCAGCGGCCGGACACUAUCGACGAGGACGGGAACAUUUUUGAGCCGCAGAUAAUAUUGAAGGACAGUAUGGUGAAGAAUGAACCCAGUGGGGCGGAGGCGGGGAAGGCCAUGCCAAACGGGGAGGCCGGCGACCCCCAGAUGCCCGGCAUGGGGCCGCCGAACACUUCCGGGGCCGGGGGGAUGGGUCUGAUGCCCCGUCCCAUACUGACGAAGGAGGAGCUUGAGAAACGCAAGGAGUAUUACAACAACCACAAGAAUAAGAUCAAGUAUGUGUGUCAUUACUGCCAGGUCCACUUCUACCACAAGCCAAACUUUGACUUCCACAUUGCCAAGCUGGAAGAAAACGGGAAGUGCAAGAUCUUUGAGAAGGUGAACAACCUGUACCUGUGUGAGGCGUGCGGCGAGGGCUUCUCCUGGCGGGAAAAACUGGAGAAGCACCUGCGACUGGCGGAGCAGCACGGCACACACAAUCAGAAGGAACUGCUCAUGUUUGGCGACUUCCAGUGUAACAUGUGCGGCAAGACCUUCAACAAGCGCACCACUUACCUGCAGCACAUCAAGUGGCACGAGGACCGCGAGGACAUCCCCUGCGUCAUCUGCGGCACCAUGUUCAAGCAGACCGACCUGCGCCACCACCUCAUGGAAGUCCACAGCAACGACAGCCUGCCCUGCUCCUACUGCGGCAAGCUGUUCACCGGCCGUAAGUACCUGGAGAAGCACGAGCUGGUCCACCAGGGCGGCAACUUCCCCUGUCCGGAGUGUGGCAAGACCUUCAGCCAGAAGAGCAACAUGCAGCAGCACCUCAAGACCCACGCCCUGGACCGCGACCACGCCUGCGACCACUGCGGCCAGACCUUCAGCCAGCGGGCUGGCCUCUGCCACCACCUCAAGAAGCACUUUGGCCCGGCGGAGUUCACGGAGGAGUGCGAGGUGUGUGGCCAGUUCUUCUCCAACGAGUACAACCUGAAGGUGCACAAGCGCAAGGUGCACAACAUGGCUGUCGACGGGCUGCCUGAGGAUCCCCCAGAGUACCUGGCCUCCCCCAUCCCCCAGCACCUCCCCUCGGCAGACGACUUGCGGGAGAAGGCGUUCGGCGCGGCAAACAGUGCGGUGAAGAACAUGCUGGGGAUGUCCCUGGGCUCCUCCGUGGGGCUGGGGCUCACCAUGAAGCAGGAGGGGGGCGGGGAGGGACUGGAGGAGCCCGGCGGGGCACAGCUGCACAUGAGGGAGGCUGCGGGGCACAUGGAGAUGCGGCAGGAGGAGGAGCACCUCCGCCUGGCCCCCCACCACAUGGGAGUGGCGGAGGAGGCGCUGCACAUGCCCCAGGACCUCACCCGCAUGACGGCCACCCACCACAUCACCGACGACUCCGGCAGGAUAUCCGCCGCGCCGCAGUCCCCGCUGCUGCAGCCACACAUGGCAGGCGGCGGCGGCGGUGGUGGCGGGGACAUGCGCACCCCUGCCACAGACUCCCCCGGGCGCAUGACGGACACACCCCACAUGUCGGACAACCUGGGCAGGAUGGCGGCGGAGAACUUUGGGCGAAUGACGGGGACGCCGGGCGGGUACCUGGCGGAACACCUGCGGCGGAUGGCGGAGAACCAGAGCCGCAUGUCAGACACCAUGGCUCACUACGACGACCGCGACAACUACUCCAGGCUGGGCGACAACCUGCGAUCCAUGAGCCGGGGCAGCGCCGCGGACCCCAUGGGGCGCCUUGGGGACAACCUGGGGCGCAUGACGGACAACCUGAGCCACAUGGGGGUGAUCCGCCCCACACAGACCCCCUCCAGCACCCCACAGUGGCCCCCACACAUGCAGAACCACUCGGCACUGGACGGGAUGAACCAGACAGCACAGGCCAGCCAGCACACCCUCUACCCCCUCCCCUUCUGGCCCUACGACCCCUCCCUCCGGCAGUACCACCACUGAGCCACACCCCUGCACCCCCACACCCCCCACCCCGCACCCCCUCCUCCCCCCGGUUCAUGUACAAUGCCCAGAUAUUUGCGCCAUAUCCGAUGCAAGUGAUGUCUGUUUGGUUAUUGCCUCCUUCACUGACGCCAAACGUGUCUCCUCCGUUAUCGUGGAGAGAGAGAGAGAGAGAGAGAGAGAGAGUGUGUGUCUGGUCCUCCUCCUCCUCCUCCUCUCCUCCUCUUCCUCCUCCUCCUCUUGUGGAUAGUAUGGGCUGCUGAUAUGAAGGUUCCUAAUAUUAGACUAAAUGAUGUUGCUCUAGUACAAUGGUGACCCCCUGACCUGCCCCCUCCCCCCCUGAACCCCCCUUGCUUAUCUCCCCUCUCCCUCUCUCUCUCUCUCUCUCUCUCUCUCUCUCUCUCUGCUUUUUAGAUGUAGGUUAGCAAAUGCAGUGUGUAUAUAUACAUUAUAAGCCUGUUCAAUGGUUUUAUUCUCUCUCUCUCUCUCUCUCUCUCUCUCUCUCUCUCUCUCUCUCUCUCUCUCUCUCUCUCUCUCUCUCUCCCCGUGUGCGCUGUGAAGUUUUUUGUACGAAUUUGUGAUUUUUAUUUUCUUGAAUAGAUUUAUAUACACACACACACACACACACACACACACACACACACACAC